AUGAGUGAUCCAGAACCCUGCAGAAUGAAACACACUGAAGAUACUGAAGAACAAAGAGACCCGAUGGAAGAGAGUAGUGAGGAGAGUGAAGAACUGAGUGAAGUGGAGGAGGAACAUCAUGACAAACCUGAAGAAAAAUCUUUGAGUCGCUCGAAGACUAAAAAGACAUUUUUAAAGAAAAGAAGAGCAAAGAAAUCUUUCACCUGCACUCAGUGUGGAAAGAGUUUGACAACCAAACAAAGUCUUGAGGAUCACAUGAGAAUCCACACUGGAGAGAGGCCGCAUGCAUGUGAUCAGUGUGGGAAGAGCUUCACACAAAAACCAAAUCUUAGGAAACACAUGAGGAUCCACACUGGAGAGAAGCCGUUCACAUGUGAUCAAUGUGGGACUAGCUUUGCACUAAAAGUAUGUCAUAAGGAACACAUGAGGAUCCACACUGGAGAGAAGCCGUUCACAUGCAAUCAGUGCGGGAAGAGUUUCCCAUACAAACGAAGUCUUAACAUUCACUUGAGAGUUCAUGGAGAGAAGCCGUUCACGUGUGAUCAGUGCAGGAAGAGUUUCACACAAAAAAUUCACCUUAAGAUUCACAUAAGGAGCCACACUGGAGAGAAGCCAUACCCAUGUGAUAAAUGUGGGAAGAGUUUCACGUGUUCAGCACACCUUAAAAGUCACAUGAUGAUCCACACAGGAGAAAAGCCAUUCAUGUGUGAACAGUGUGAAAAGAGUUUCUCAAUCAAAACAAAUCUUGAGCGUCACAUGAGAAUCCACACUGGAGAGAAGCCGUUCACAUGUGAUCAAUGCGGGAAGAGCUUCAUGGAUUCUUCACAACAUAAAAAACACAUGAAAAUCCACACCGGAGAGAAGCCGUACGCAUGUGAUAAAUGUGGGUAUAGUUUCACAGACUCAGUUACACUUAAGAGACACAUGAUGAUCCACACUGGAGAGAAGCCAUUCACAUGCGAUCAAUGUGGGAAGAGUUUCAGGGAUUCAGGAUACCUUAAGAGACACAUGAGAAACCACACUGGAGAAAAGCCUUUCAUGUGUGAACAGUGUGAAAAGAGAUUCUCAAACAAACAAAAUCUUAAGCUUCACAUGAGAAUCCACACUGGAGAGAGACCGUUCACAUGUGAUCAGUGUGGGAAGAGUUUCAAAGAUAAAUCAAGUCUUGAGCUUCACAUGAGAGUUCACACUGGAGAGAAGCCAUACAUAUGUGUUCAGUGUGAAAAGAGAUUCACUCACAGACAAAAUCUUAAUGCUCACAUGAGGAUCCACACUAGAGAGAAGCCGUUCACAUGUGAUCACUGCGGCAAAACAUUUAUUGGGUCAUCAACCCUGAAGAAACACCUGACAGUUCAUACGAAGGAGAAGCCACAUUCAUGUUCUGUGUGUGGAAAGAGUUUUUCACUGCUGCAAAGUUUACAGGAACAUCAGAAUAUACACACUGGUGUAAAAGCUUAUAUGUGCUUUGAAUGUGAGAAGACUUUUACUCAUGCAAGUGCUUUAAGGCAGCAUAAGAAGAUUCACACUGGAGAAAAACCUUACAAGUGUUCACACUGUGACAAGAGAUUCGGUUGUUCAGGAAAUCUAAAAGCACAUGAGAGGAUCCACACUGGAGAAAAACCUUACAAGUGUUCACACAGUGACAAGAGUUUUAAAUGUUCAUCUACUCUGAAAACACAUGAGAUGAUCCACACUGGAGAAGUCCACAAUAGAGAGAAGCCGCACACAUGUGAUCAGUGCGGAAUGAGUUUCUUUAAGAAAGGUCACCUGAAGCAACACAUGAGGAUCCACACUGGAGAAAAACCUUACAAGUGUUCACACUGUGACAAGAGAUUCAGUCGGUCAUCACAUCUGAAAACACAUGAGAUGAUCCACAGCAGAGAGAAGCCGCACACGUGUGAUCAGUGUGGAAAGAGUUUCUCUUGUAAAAGUCAAUUGAAGCUUCACAUGAAGAUCCAUGCAGUGGAGAAACCACUUAGUGCAGAAACCAAUUACACCACCCAAGCUCCUGGCCCUGCCGGCGCCACCCGAGCUCCUAGCCCUGCCAGCGCCAUCCAAGCUCCUAGCCCUCCUAACCCCGGCUUCCUCCAAAUACGCACGAAACAAACAGCCAUCUCUGACCUGAUGGUCGUCCUCUUCCAUGAGGGGCAGGUCUGUUGGGAUGGGCAGAGUGGAAGGUUUCCAGCAGGUUUGGAUCGAGUAUGUUGUUGCGUGGUACCCAUGAGCGUUCCUCAGGUCCAUAGCCUUCCCAGUGUACCAGGUACUCGAGCUGACGACCACGGCUCCCGGAGUCCAGAAUUUCUCGCACCUCGUAGGCAGCUCCAUCAUCCAGUAGGAGUGGGAGGGGGGGUUUGGCUGCGUCAACGCCAGGCUCUGUGGAAAGAGGAACAGAGGGAUGGUGAGACAGCCAGACCUUCUGUCCAGUUUGAUAAGCGGGUGCCUCGGAGCGACGAAGGUGGGCUGUCAGUCUACAUCGACGUAGAGCACGUUGCAGUUGGUGAUGUGCUGGUGAUGUGCCUGCACGAGACUGGUGAGAGGAUUGGAGAUGGAGCUGUAGUUUUGGAUGAACCGUCUUCAGAAGUUUGCGAAGCCGAGGAAACGUUGAAGUUCCUUCAGAGUGGUGGGAGUUGGCCAGUUCUUGAUGGCGGCCAUCUUCCCCUCGUCCAUCCAGAUGCCACUGCUGUUGAUGUUAUAGCCAAGGAACUGCAGCUCUCCCUCCGCAACGUGGUGGCGAUGUUCGGCCAUGCUCCAGGAAUAAAUAAGGAUAUCAUCGAUGUAAAACAGGUGUCGCCCCACUUCAGGACUUUGCCGGUCUUCCAGGAGAGGAUGGGAUUUAAUGGGCCGACACUCCGACAAACUUGUCGUCUGCUUACUGGCUUUCCAGUUACCGAGUGGAUCUGGUAUGUAGCAGGCAUAGCCGUGGUCUUGAGGUUGAGCUUACGGCAGAGGGCACCGGAGAUGAAAUUGCCUGCUGACCAGGAGCACCACAGUACAGACACCGAUUCAUGGGCUGGUUCUGGAGGGCUGACGGAUUCUGGCCAGCAGAGGAAGUACAAAUGGCUCGGAGACAGAAGAUCACAGUUCAGGUAUUUAUUGACACAAGCAGAGGGAUUGUCGAACACAGGGUGGAUAUCGGUGAAGAUUGCUGGAGCAGUUGAGAAGCUGGAGACAGGUGACACUCACACACAUGAAGGAGACACACGAGGUAACUUGGGAUCGCUGGAGACAGAAGCUCCUUUCACCAAUGAGAAACCUGAAACAAACCUUGGACACGCCCAUUACUCCGAGCUGCAGCGCCCCGUUUAUGUGUUCAGUUUCGGUCAGAGUCGAUCUUCUGAGCCCUGCAGAAUGAAACACACUGAAGAUACUGAAGAACAAAGAGACCUGAUAGAAGAGAGCGAGGAGAGUGAAGAAGUGAGUGAAGUGGAGGAGAAACAUCAUGUCAAACCUGGAGAAAAACCUUUGAGUCGCUCAAAGACUAAAAAGACAUUUUUAAAGAAAAGAAGAGCCAAGAAAUCUACAACCUGCACUCAGUGUGGAAAGAGUUUCUCAACCAAACAAAGUCUUGAGGUUCACAUGAGGAUCCACACCGGAGAGAAGCCGUUCACAUGUGAUCAAUGUGGGAAGAGCUUCAGUCAAUCAUCAACCCUUAAAGAUCACAUGAGGAUCCACAAUGGAGAGAAGCCGUUCACAUGUGAUCAGUGUGAGAAGAGUUUCACAAGAUCAGAUUAUCUUAAAUUACACAUGACGAUCCACACCGGAGAGAAGCCAUUCACAUGUGAUCAAUGCGGAUGGAAAUUCUUAACCAAACAAAAGUUUGAGGUUCAUGUCAGAGUUCAUACUGGAGAGAGACCGUUCACAUGUGAUCAAUGCGGGAAGGGCUUUAUGGAUUUGUCAAAACAUAAAAGACACAUGAAAAUCCACACUGGAGAGAAGCCGUACGCAUGUGAUAAAUGUGGGUUUAGUUUCAUAGAAUCAGGUAAACUUAAGAGACACAUGAGGAUCCACACUGGAGAGAAGCCGCAUACAUGCAGUACAUGUGGGAAGAAUUUCAGGGAUUCAGGAACCCUUAAGAUUCACAUGAGAAUUCACACUGGAGAAAAGUCUUUCAUGUGUGAACAGUGUGAAAAGAGAUUCUCAACCAAACAUAGUCUUGAGCUUCACAUGAGAAUUCAUACUGGAGAGAAGCCGUUCACAUGUGAUCAGUGCAGGAAGAGAUUCAGAGAUAAACCAAGUCUUGAUCUUCACAUGAGAGUUCACACUGGAGGGAAGCCAUACAUGUGUGUUGAGUGUGAAAAGAGAUUCACUCACAGAAAAAAUCUUAUUGCUCACAUGAGGAUUCAUACUGGAGAGAAGACACACACAUGUGAUCACUGUGGCAAAAUAUUCAUUGGGUCAUCAGCCCUGAAGAAACACCUGACAGUUCAUACAAAGGAGAAGCCACAUUCAUGUUCUGUGUGUGGAAAGAGUUUUUCACUGCUGCAAAGUUUACAGAUACAUCAGAAAAUACACACUGGUGUGAGAGAGUACAUGUGCUUUGAGUGUGAGAAGACUUUUAUUACAGCCGGUGAUUUAAAACUGCACCAGAGAAUUCACACUGGAGAAAAACCUUACAAGUGUUCACACUGUGGCAAGAGAUUCAGGCAGUCACCACAUCUGAAAAUACAUGAGAGGAUCCACACUGGAGAAAAACCUUACAAGUGUUCACACUGUGACAAGAGAUUCAGUGUGUCAUCAUCUCUGAAAAUACACGAGAGGAUCCACACUGGAGAGAAACCUUACAAGUGUUCACACUGUAACAAGAGAUUCAGUGUGUCAUCACAUUUGAAAACACAUGAGAGGAUCCACAGCAGAGAGAAGCUGCACACUUGUGAUCAGUGUGGAAAGAGUUUCACUAUUAAAAGUCACCUGAAGAUACACAUGAAGAUCCACUUAGUUUCCUAACAGCCAUGAUGAGUGACAAGGACAUUUUGUUGUUAGAUUGUAGCGGUGGGCGAUCUGACGAGUUUAUAUCAUGUUUUAUCUUGAAGACAAUUUGAAGAUAAUCAUAGAUAUUGUGAUCUUUUAUAUCUUCGUAAUAAUGUUAAAACUACACCAAUGAAUGCCCAUUAGAUGGUUGUGCUGACUGGCCAAAUUAUAUCACUCCAUCAUGUGUCUUUCAUUCAUUGUGACGUAUUUGAAUAACAAUUCAAUGCAAGCUAGCAAUAGAGCUGUGAGAGGAACUGAUUUGAGGAAUUUAGUUUGAAUUUCGAUUAUAAAAACUUGAUUUAAAAAAAAUUGGAAGAUGCAGACGUAAUCGCAGAAUCCGGUCAUAAAAAUGAAAUGUACUCUAUAACUGUAUAAUCUGUCAAAUAAGGCUACGUCCACAAGAAGCUGGAUCUUACCCUAAACCGAUCUUUUUUUUAUUCCUCAUCUCAAAAAAUAUCUGCAUCCACACGAAACCACUGAAAUGACUCAAAAUGUAGUAUAUAUGCCAGACCAUUAUGUGGCGCUGUAAUUCUGUCACAGAAAUGCACUUAAAGCAGCGAAGAAGACUUGGAGCAUGCGCAUAAACCUUGCGCUCUGAAUACAAACUAUAGCAAAUCUUAGAAAUAACGCUUCAUUUCGGCUCAGUAGCUUCUGAAGCAUGAACGCAAGCAUCUAGAGUCUACUAUUACUGUUGUUGGUGCUGUUUUGUGGUGUUAGCGCGUCUGACUAGGGUCGACACGACACGAUGACCUCAUCGUUUCAGAAAAUACACGGAUUGCCCCGUCCAUACGCAAAUACAGCGUUUUCAAAUUUAUCCACUCUGGGACAAGGUUUCAAAAAAUAGCGGUUUCACCUUUCGAAAACGCCGGAUCUGUGUGGAUGAAACGCCUAUCUGAUAAAAAAAUUGUGCGGAUUCACAGAAAUGCGUCUCCAUGUGGACGGGGCCUAAAUCAAAAGCAGGUCAGUAGACUUAAAUCAGAUCAUGAUAUGGACUAGUGUCUGUGAAUAUUAAACCCCAAAAGACUGUCAAGGGUCUCACCUCAGUCAUGGUAUUGAGGGUGAAAGAGAGCACUGUUUCUGUUACAACUGCUGCCAGUACCAGGACUCAAACCCCAUAACCUUUGGGUUACAAUUCUGACUCUCUAAACACUAUAGGCACAACUACACAUCAUGUGGUAGAAAAUGUGUAUGAUUCAGAGAGACAGCAAUGUGGCCGUUUGACUUGCUAUCACACUUCGUUGCUGAAGCAUUAAGAGUUCCUUUCACUGGAACUAAGGGUUCAAGCCCAACCCCUGAAAAACAACCCCACACCAUAAUCCCCCUCCACCAAACUUUACACUUGGCACAGUGCAGUCAGGCAAGUAC